AUGGCUGAAACAUUUCCGUAUGAAAUACCGGAUGAAUAUCACACAAAAGGAGUAAGUACUUGAAGGUGUUACCUAAAAAUAAUUACUUUAAAGAUAAGAAGAAUGGUUCUGAAGGAUUCGGCAUUCGUAGAAGUGGUUCGUGUGGAAUCACCGUACUCCUUGUUUGUUCGUCCGCUCGAUCAUAUUCGAGACAGAUUAAUCUACCGAGAGCCAUAUCAACUCACACCAGCAGUUCUGUUCGAACCGGGAAAUUUUGCUCUAGCCCCACUAGAGGAACGUACUUUUGGACGAUGUGUUAUCUUAAAUCAAAAUGGGGAAGCGGAGUCUUGUCGUAUUUUUUUCAUAGAUGAGGCGAUCACGGCAGACGUUUCGAAAACGGUAGUUCUACAUUCCGUUCGUUUCCGAUUUCUGAUCAAGUGGAAUUUACAGUGCCUGUUUCAAAUCGAUGAAAGUCAACUAUAUUAUCCUUGGCAAGUGUUGCAUAUAACUUUGAGCAGAAUAGUGCCACUAUCUGUAUGUCUUUCCAACCCUGAGAUAUUAGCUGUUACUGGUUCAGGGAAAUAAAUGGUCUGCCGAGCAAUGUGCCGAUUUCAAGGCACUAAUUUCGAACUUUGAGUUCUUUGAAAUCACAGCAUGCCAAGUUGAUAUGUCUACUGAACCAGACCGUCCUUCAAUUCUCGCUAAUCUGUACGGGAUGAGAAGUCGGAACGGACUAGAUAAGAAGAUUUGCGUGGAAGAGUUAUGUUUGUCCGCAAUGAGGAACUUAUCAAUGUGUGUGUUACCCACAAAUCUCAUGGAUGAUCCACAGCUUAUUGAUUUGGAUUCUGAUUCGAAAGUUUCAAUCGAAGAGUUCCGAAGACAGUUGCCAAGUGAUUGGAAUCAUGAAUCUGGAUAUCUGAAAGAUGAUGACGACGAGGACUGGGAAAUUGGAAGAUACUGUGUGCCGGAUUGGAACAUGAACAUUCUGAAAAAUAAAUAUCUUCAAGACAACUGCUUUCUCGGAUUCAUAGAGCCGAAGUCAAUCAUCUCGCCUUCUGAUAUGUUCAUUUGUCCAAUUGUCCCUGAGAAGGAUGCAGGUUUGUAAAUUAAACAUUCCAAUUACGCAGUAUGUUCUAGUUGAUGAGCAGUGGAUAUUCGAGCGGUUUGAUGAACUGACCGAUUACAUGAACAGCGUGGAUGAUUUUUAUUCAAAGUUAAAGAAUCAGAAGCCACUCAGUUACGACGAGAUGUUUGUAGAGACCAGAUUUCAGACCAAACUCGGUAAUUUUUCAGAGGCAAUGCUUUGGGCGAUAAUUCGUCUGGAUUAGAAACAAUGCAAGCACCAAGGAAUAAAGUUUAUGCGAUUGUUGCGAUUCACAAUAGGAAACGGGCCGGCCCAUCGUGGCAACGCUGUGAAGUAGGUCAGGUAUUCAAGCUCACACGCCAAAGAGUUUCUCCAGAUACUCAAACUGAUUUCAUCAAACAAUGUGUUAAUAAAGCUCUUGGACCAAGGGGGAAGAAGCUUCCAAAAGCUGAAGAACUUGUACAGAAUUCAUAAAAAUCACACCCAUCGACUUCCAUUUUAUCUGAAGAUGGUAUGCGAAUUACCGGAAGUCGCUAGGAACCAGAAUCGUGGCGAGGAGAAUAUUUGGUCAAAGAAGAAGUGCAUGACUUGGAGAGAAAUGGUGCCAUACGACGUUCCUUUAGUCAUUGGUCCGAAAAUCAGUGAGCACGAAUUUCAAUUAAAUUGGAAUCGGUUAUUAUUUUAGAUUUCGACGAUUCUGGAAGUCUACAGUAUUCUGAGAUUCGGUAUGUACAUGAAAGUACAAAUUUAAUGGACUCGAUCUCUGCCCUAGCCUCCGAAGACUAACGAAAUGAAGAAAACUGUAUGAUAUUCUAGACUUCCUGAAUUAUGCGCAGUUGCAAGCAGAGCAUAUCAGUUCGGUCUCCUCUGUAACUGCUCCCGUACUUACUUGAUGAUUUCAUUUAAUAAAAACAGUUUAUUUUUCAAAAAGCGUCUGCAUGGCCGCAGUCCGCAAUUGACACUACUUACGACAAAGCAUUAAAGUAUACGACAAAUUUUCUGUUCGGCAUUAUUUUUGUUUUCUCAGCGAUAAAUAAUGUUUUCGCGUGCAUAUAACGCCACAAGACUUUUAAAAACUGGACCCGUUGCAUCCUACCAAUUUUUUCUAACGCUUUGAUAAGUGUAAAGUUCACUCUAUCGUGUUCAUUUUAAGGGGGCUGCUGUACUUCUCUCCGAGGGAGAUCUGUAACGAUGUCGUCGACUGGUGAAUCGAACCAGUACUCAUAAUUCAGCUGUUUAGUUAUUUUCAGAUGAUCUGCUCGAUGAUUUACAGGUCACCAGUGAUGCAGAAUACAGGACAUUCGAAAUAAUGAGAUCACUUAUCGAUAAUGAGCCACAGCACAAUCUCACUGAGACCGAAGUCACGCUCGUUGAGAACGCUGUUCGUAUCUAUUUCAAAAGCCCACUGUGAUCCACUGUCUUUUUGCAGAUAAAAAAAAUAUCUGCCGGAAUAUUAGAAGCCAGAAAGACCAUGUUGUCGGAAGAUGACAUACUGGAAGUGGCAAAUCUCAAAAUGAAUUCACCGGCGUUAAUGUCUUCGCGCCGUUCAAUUUCAUCCCGUCAGUCUACUUCUUCUGCAAGUAUAAUCUUCAACAGAAAAGUACUCGCCGACGACGAACUUGACCUCGACUACGAAGAGUAUAUUGAGAACGACGAGGAAAAAGAUGAAAGGGAUUCUGAAAGCAGAAGUAUAACACCGAAAGCAUCCAGCUUGUCGUCACAUUCGCACACUGGAGAUUCGAAUUAUUAUGAUAUUGUUAUUGAGGAUGAGGAGCAGAAAGUGUCGGAUAUUUCCUUCUCAUAUAGAUUAUCGACAAAUCGGCCUUGUUAGUUUCUUAUAUUUGUUUUUUUUUGUUAUUUAGAAUUUCAGAUUUGAAAAUGAAAAAGGUCGAAUCGCCAAUUGACAUUAAAAAACUCAAUCUUGAAUAUCCACUAGGAGUCACAUACGACCUCAAAUCUGACAAUUGGUUCAUUACGGACGGUGAUCGAGUUUUGAAAAUAGACGCACGUAACAAGAAACGCGAGAGAAAAGUGUCGAUUAUCGAGAACUCCUUGCUUACUAAAGUGUCGGCAAUCACUGUUCUCAAAGAAGGAAAUCUCAUUGCAGUUUUAUGCUCAGAUCCGAUUUCUGAGCAAAAACCAGCUAUCCGUGUGAUAGACAUUCUUUCUGGCGAAAUCUAUGAAUACUGUAGUUGGAAAAACAAGAAUAUGUACUUUACCUAUCCGGCAAGAGGGUUGGCUCGAUCAGUUGCUGGAAACCUUUUGACGAUGGACAGACCAAGAAGCAAUUUUGCUCGCCUCAGGUUGUUCUCCGAUGAUUUUCGACAACAAACUUUCGAGUUGAACAAAGCCGAUCGACCAUCUUUCAUCGCUUCUUCCGCGGAUACUGUAGUUAUUACAGAUCUGGGUACAGUCCAGACUGUGUUUCACAUCAGACUUAACGACAAAGAUUUUCGCAACACAAUCUUCCAGACCUUGCGAAUUAUUAAAACGGUUGGUACAAACACCUGAAUAAUUUAGAUAUCAUUUUUACAGGAUGUUCUUAACCUGAAAGCUAAUGAAAUGCUCAACAAACAAUACUUUAUGUACGUUGCCGGCGCUCAAAUCGACAAAAAUGGAAAUGUACUAAUUGCUGAUGCGAAGAAUCAUCAUUUUAAAGUGAGUGCUGACAACGUAAGCUUAAGGAACCUCACAGCCCGGCUUUUCAUACAUGGGAUUUUCGGUUUUUUCAACUUAUCCUCCUCUGGCAUUUCGUUAUUAAUCUAAUCGUAGUCUACUCGAGUUAUACGGCGGCCUAAUAAGAUUGAUAUGACACCUAAUUAGAUUAAUAAAUUGUCUAGCUAGAUUAAUAAAUCUUCUAGCUAGAUUAAUAAGUGCUCAAAUCAAGUUUCACGCCAACCGUUUGUUGGCUCAAAUCUCGAUUGCGCCAAGAAAAAACAGCCGAAUCUAAUUAGGUCGCAUUUAGAUCAGUAACUUUCUAAUGAGAUUAAUAUCGAAUUGCCAGAGUCUGGCAUUUUGUUAUUAAUCUAAUCGUAGUCUACUUGAGUUAUACGGCGGCCUAAUUAGAUUAUUAAAUUGUCUAACUAAAUUAAUAAAUCUUCUAGCUAGGUUAAUACUCAGGUAAAUCGUUUAUAAUCGAGCUAGCUAAUUCGCGUUUCUAACCGGACCUAAUUAGAUUGCUAAUUAACUGCGAUUAGAUUGCAAAUUCUUCUAACUGGACUGAUAAAAUUUCUAAUUAGACUGGCGAAGCUAAUUAGAUUGCAAAAACACUGAUAUUAGAUUCAAAAUUUAUCUAAUUAGAUUAAAAUUUCAGGCAAACCUAGCUAAAUUAUGUUUAGAUUGCAAAAUCAGCUAGCUAGAUUCAGAAGUCUGUAGCAAUCUAACUAGGUCCAGUUAGAAACGAGAAUUAGCUAGUUAGAUUAGAAACGAUUUGCCUGAGUAAGUGCUCAAAUCAAUUUUCACGCCAAACCUUUGCUGGCUCAAAUCUCGAUUGAGCCAAGAAAAAACAGCCGAAUCCAAUUAGGUUGAGAUUAGAUCGUAACUUUCUAAUUAAAUUAAUAUCGAAUUGCCAGAGUCUUCAGAAAUCGAACAUAGAGAUAUCUGCUUUUUUGAGAAGAGUUCAAUUGUAUUGUGUUUUUCAAAAUGAGCCAGGCUAGAGAUGAAUGUAAAGUUUCUGUGGGAAGUUACAGCUUCACAAUUUCCAGCACCCUGAAUACUUUGCCGGCUCGUGAACCUGGUACUUUGCCGGCUCAUGAAUAUGUAUUACAGCUUUUCCAUGCGACAAUGGGCUUCGUCCAUCGAGUUUCGACGGAUUUCCCUGUUCCGUAUGUAUCUUCCUUUCAUGUAAAUGAAUAUGACGAGGUAAAUUGCGUAAUAAUAAUAUCCGAAUCAAGAGACGGUCCCUCAUCUUUUUCAGGUUCUCAUCCUCAGCACACGCGAAGAUUCUAGAAUCUGUUUUGCAAGACUUUCUGCCACAUCUCGUGUCGAACCUCAUAUCGCUGCUUCAAAUCGUCCUCGUUCUGGAAUGAAGAGCGUAUUCAGUAGAAAAGCGUCUAAACGGCGUGGCAGCGAACUGAAAAAACCACUGAAAAUCAGAAGAAUCGAGAAAGAGUAACAAUCAAAAGACAUUGAUAAUAAAUCGCCGUCGUCCAAUCUGGUGAUCCAGUUUUAUCUUACCACCUUUUUAAAGUAUUAAGAAUAACUUUCCAAAUUGAAUAUCCCUACUAUUGAAUCCUAAUAGAAUUACCAUAAACUGCUUAAAUUUGUAUCGUAUUUAUGUGAAUGAAACGAAUAUAAAGAUAAUCCUUUGGAGUACACACGUUAUGGACACUGGUUUUGAGCCUUCAAAUAACUUCGAAACUAUUUUGACUCCAAAAACUACUGACAAAAGAAAGUUUACAGAUGAUAAAGUGUAACAGAAGAAUACUGUUAUUAUUUGCACUUUUGUCAUCUGGGUACAUUUUAUUCUAUAUAUUAUUCACCAAAGAUGCUUCAUUUCAGUUACUGAUAAAAAACAAGAACGAACGGUUAGAAUCGGGUUAGUCACAGAGCCUCGUUUAAAAUUAACAAUACUCUGCGUUCAGAAGAAAAGUGCUACUACGAUAGCACGUGCGUUCUACCUCAGAUGCUUUUCCGCGUGCAAACAGAAACUGACAGUGCUCCGCCGUUCGCUUGUCUCAACGACAUUAAACUAUUUGACACUGUGAACAUUGCUCGUGGAAUCAAUUUUGCCGUUUUGAACGGUUCGAACGGAGAUAUCAUUGAAAAAAACACAUUCGAUGUCACCGCUUCGGAUGAGAAACUGAUUAGAUGGAUGCUGUGAGCGUCUUUAAAGCUUAAUGAGCGUUUAUUGAUUAAAUGUUUAUAGAAAAGUUCCUCAUGCUUCUCUCAUUGUGGCAGCUUCUUUUGGUGAUGUAGCAGAGCAUGUCAGUCGACAGACACGCCAGCUAUUUGGAGCGUUUGGAGCAAGAAAAAUUGAUACGUGGAGAGGUGGGAGUGCGUAUACGAUCAUUGGCCAACGUGGAAUAAAAAAAGGAGAGGCUCAUGAGAUAAUUUCCGGAUUCAUGGAACUAUCUGGGAAGCUGUAUGAAGGAUGCUUCGAACUUCCAAUCGCUGAAACAAAUGCGGUCAACUUGGAGCUAGAACACCCGACUGUGCACAGGUAAAUUCAGCCUGGCGAAUUUUGAACCUCUAAAGUAUUUAUUUCACGCGUUUUUUUUGUAAAGAUUAAAGUGCCGAUAGGAUUUCCGCAAUAUGAGUAACUUGCACCGCUAUUUCAGAGUCGACGAAUCCAAACUAGCGGAGCUCGGUGCAUUUGAAGCAGAUUUACUACAAAAAAAAGAUGUAGCGUAUGGAGAUUACUGGAAGAAUUGUGGUCUUGAACACGAAUGUAAUGAUGCUACCAUAUCAGUUCACUUUUUUUCGGGAGAGCAUAAAGAUGAUCACCCGAAAAUGUGCAUCGAUGGAAAAAUGCUCUUCGACAAGGAGCUGAAUAAAGCUGGAAGAGGUCUGAACCUGGCAAUGCUCGAACCGAAGACCGGAAGAGUAACCGCUGUAGCGCAUUUUGACACUUAUGAAGAUGGUAAGGCAGCUCUAUUUGUUUUCUCAAAAAUUGUCUACAGAGUCGCGCGGUUUGGAAGAGUGGUUGGAUGCCGUUCCUACUGGCUACAUAGUCGCCGUCGUAAGUUUCGACGAAGCUUCGAACAUGAUGUCUGACAUGGCACGUCGUAUUUUUUACGAAAUGGGCUCCAGCAUGAUCGACAGAUUGAAAUUCCGCGCUUCAUGGUAUUUCAUAGGCCAGAAAGGAAUCGGAGCCUACACUCCUUUUGAAGACUUGAACAUUCCACAGGGAAACAACUGGGCAACCCCUAUCAAAACAUCGUUCUGCUUGCCCAAAUCUCGUUGGUUUUUUUUUCAUGAGUUGUUUGAAAGUUCACGUUUCCAUUUUCAAUUUUCCCGUCACAAAAAUUUUGUUAGAAAUGAAAAAUUGUGACGGACAAAGAAACGAACAGACAUUCCAAACAAAACGUAGACAGACCCAUAAAAACUAGAAAUAAUUUUCCAUUGCGAUUUUCAGUUUCCAAAUGGGCUGGAAGAAAAGAUUCUUCUUUGACGACUGACGUUCGAAACCUACCAAAACGACACUUUUGUGCCAAGUAUGAUCGCCACGAGAAUUUCUGCAAUGUAGGGAGCCUCGACGCUCCAAUAAUGCCACGCUUGCUUCGUGAUGAACAGAGGGCUAACGAUGCCAUUUUCAAUGUGCCAAUACUAGUAGCUUCUGGACUGGCCCCUGAUUCUUUGCGUGAAACUUUAGAAUCCCUACUCAAUCAAGAAGGACUGAACACUCAAAUAGUUCUGGUCACCUACGACAAAGAGUACCCAGAAAACUCUGAUCUGGCGUCGUUGUUUCAUGUGAAAAGCUUGGAAAUCACUUCUAAUGGUUCGUAUAAUGGUAAAAAAACAGCAAAAAUUCAAAGCAGCUUAGCAUAUUUAUACAGAUCUUUUGUUACUCUCUCUGGCAAACGCUUUUUCCGUCUUCCCGGACUCUUCUUCUGUUAUUGUUAUCGAAGAAGACGUCACUCUUUCAAUUGAUUGGCUUCAUUACUUCUCAUCCAUUUACGACGCUUUUAAAGCAGACUCUGAAGUAGACUUUGCACAGGCAUUCAAUUCGAACGGCUUUGAGGAAACCUCUGGAGAUGGUCAAUCUAUUUACCGUAUCAAAGGACACUUGCCCAUUGGAUCAUUCUUGAUGAAAAGAGAUUUAUACGAAAAACAUAUCCGCUUGAGGGAAUGUAAGAAUGGUUUCAUGUCGUCUUUUCUCUAAGUAUAUGACUUUUCAGUUUGUUGUACAGAGAGAGGUAACUGGGAUCUCCGAGAUUCUACAGCAUUCGUGCCCGCCCUGUCUAGAAUUGACAUAAAAGUUGACGAGCUGGAGAGACACAAUACUCUUUACCGUGGAAAAAGAGUGGCAUCGUAAUACAAGUUAUUUUUACUUCUACUGACUCGUUCAUUCAGGAAAGAACAAUAUCUCAUAAACAGCGAGUUUGCAACAAACGAUGACUACAAUGCCUACCUUCGCCAAAUUGUUCAUAAUACCGUAAGCUGUCAUUUAUUUAUGGAAAGUUUGCAACGCUUUACAGAAAAAAAUUAUAAAAGCAAAUCAAGUGGUGGCAUUAGGAUGCGAAAAAUGGAAAAACUCAGUGUCUGAAAAUGACAAAGCAGUUCUAGUGACCUUCUCGUCCACUUCAGAAGUAGAAUCGUUUAUGGAGUGCAUGCACUUGUACGCUACACCAAGAAUAAUAAGAAAUAAUAAAAACUUUAGGUGAAACGUUUCAAUGUUCUACUCUUUUCUAUCUCUUCUUUCAGGUUUAUGCUGAAGCAGUCCACAGAAAUUCUAGUCGCUGACGAGAACUUGAAGUUCUCUUAG